AUGUCUUCUUCAACUAUUAAACAUCAUCAUGAUCAUGAUCACUCUAAGCUUUCCCUUGGAAAUGCCAAGAAAGACCAAUAUGAUACCAAUACCCCGUCUGCAAUUGGGGAGGAGGAAGAUGCCAACAAGGUAAUCAAUGAGGCUUUCAAGAAGACCUAUGCUGGAAAGAUUGCCAUCUUUGAGAAGCUGUUGAGGAAUGAGAAGCAACAGAUAGUCGAUAUGUUGACCGGCCAACAAAUUAACUAUGGCGCUUUGAUCAAGGGAGUACUCGAGACUGCCCUAUCAUGCAUUCCCUAUGUUGGUGGCUUGUUGUCUACUUUGACCGAUAUCAUCUGGUCGCUGUUUUCAUCCAAGGCGGUGGUCAACAUGAUGCAGGAGAUCAAGGACAUGGUGAGCCAGAUGAUUGAUGAGAAGCUGGAGAAGUACGACCAGUCUAACAUCCAGUCAGACUUUGAUGGUGUGAAGCUACAACUAAAGGAUCUGAACCAACAAAUGGAUAUCCUGGCCAAGUACAUGAACAGUCCAGAUGUCAAGUCCUACCAAAAGUCGGUGUACGACUACUUUAUCGACUUGCUUGAGGCGGUCAAACGUGGUUUGGUCAAAUGCCAGAGACCUGGUUAUGAGAUGGUUAUUGGUAAUGCCAAGGACUGGGCCGUGCCUCAAGGAAUUAUCGAUGGAUUUGUUGCCAACUUCAAGGAGUACUUGCCCAUCUACACCAAGUACGCCACAGAUGUGUUCAACAAACAGUACACGGCAAUUAUCAACAAUAAGAAUAUUGGCAACUCUAUUGAGAUCUGGAAGAAGAAGAAUGAGUAUUACAAUCAGAUGGUCGGCCUUGUCUUUGACAUUGUUCAUCUUUUCCCUUUCUUGGACAGGGCUCAAUAUCCUGGCGGAGUAACUCGUGAUGCUGUCCAUGUGUUGUUCACCGACCUGUGUGGCUGGAUUAUCGAUCCAAACGUGUUAUCAAAUCUUAUCCCAUCUUCACAAGUCCAGUACAUCGAUGACAAGAUCUUUAACAACGGAUACCAACGCUACAAGGGUGAUUUGACCUGCAUCGAGGGAGGCAUCAACAGCCACAAGGUCUCUGACUUGAAGAUAUUCGCUGGUGCUCGUUGUCAGUACAAUGGUAUUCCUGACCAUUAUGAGGGACCCGAGGACCGUAACAAUGCUGACUGGACCAACUGGAACAUGGACUUUACCCCGACAGAAGCCUAUCUCUGGUCUGAUAGGUCGAUGGUCGGAGCCAGAGUAACAGGCUCAGGAAACAAAGUAAUCAACAUUGGUUGGAGUGUUCCUUGGGAGGGCAUCCAUGCUACCGAGCACCAUUUCAAGAUCGACAAGCAUGUUGUCUAUGGUGUACUUGGCUUUGACUGCAUUAAGAUGGAGGAGGAUAGUAUCCCUUACUAUACUCUUCUCGCAGGUGUCAACUCAUGGAUCCCAGAGAGCCUAAAGUCUCUGAACCAGAUUUGGCCAAAGAGCGCGACCGUCAUUGAUCCCCAGAAGUUCUCAAAGUGCACCGGCUUCGAGUUCAAACCCAACUACCAUGGACCAGGCUUCCACGGUGUUGCCCUUAAACCAGGAGCAGAGAUCUCUUUCAAAUACUCCCCUGCUGUGGUUAGAGAGGGUAGACAGCGCCAUAUGCCCCUUCAGACGGAGUUCUUCAUUGAGUGCUCGUCUCCAAACGGGGCAUCCUCCUUCAGAAUGACCAACACUGAGGAGGGCUUUAAGAGCUUCCAAGUGCCUGCCGGAUCUGACACCUACACCCAGCAGUGCGCCAACAGAUAUGUCCUAAUGCCCGAGGAGAGUUCUAAUGAGGGUGAUCAGAACCAAGUGUCCUUCAUGAACAAUGGCAACUUUGACAUCAUUCUACGCGCCCUUGUUUUCAAGCCUGUCCAGUAA